GGAGCGGAGCGGCGCCGCCAACGCCGCACGCGCAAACUUGGGCUCGCGCUUCCCGGCCCGGCGCGGAGCCCGGGGCGCCCGGAGCCCCGCCAUGUCGCGAUCCAACCGGCAGAAGGAGUACAAAUGCGGGGACCUGGUGUUCGCCAAGAUGAAGGGCUACCCGCACUGGCCAGCCCGGAUCGACGAGAUGCCUGAAGCGGCGGUGAAAUCCACAGCCAACAAAUACCAAGUCUUCUUUUUCGGGACCCAUGAGACAGCGUUCCUGGGCCCCAAAGACCUCUUCCCAUAUGAAGAGUCCAAGGAGAAGUUCGGCAAGCCCAACAAGAGGAAAGGGUUCAGCGAGGGGCUGUGGGAGAUCGAAAACAACCCUGCCGUCAAGGCUUCCGGCUGUCAGUCCUCCCAGAAAAAGAGCCGCGUGGCCGAGCCUGAGCCUGAACCGGAGGCCGCUGAGGGUGAUGGAGACAAGAAGGGGAAUGCGGAGGGCAGCAGUGAUGAGGAGGGGAAGCUGGUCAUUGACGAGCCCACCAAGGAGAAGAACGAGAAGGGGGCUCUGAAGAGGAGAGCAGGGGACCUGCUGGAGGACUCCCCCAAGCGUCCCAAGGAGGCUGAGGACCUGGAAGGGGAGGAGAAGGAGGCGGCUGCCUUGGAGGGCGAGGAGAGGCCUCUCUCUGUGGAGGUCGAGAAGAAUAGCACCCCCUCUGAACCGGGCUCUGGCCGGGGGCCUCCUCAGGAGGAGGAGGAGGAGGAGGAAGAGGAUGAUGAGGAAGAGGAGGAGGAUGAUGAGGAGGAAGAAACUGCCAAGGAAGAUGCUGAGGCCCCAGGCAUCAGAGAUCACGAGAGCCUGUAGCCACCAAUGUUUCAAGAGGAGCCCCCGCCCCGUUCCUGCUGCUGUCUGGGUGCUACUGGGGAAACUGGCCAUGGCCUGCAAACUGGGAACCCCUUCCCCACCCCGCCCCACCCCCCUCUUCCACUCACUCUCCCCACUCUGAGCCUAGCCCCUGGAAUUUGGCUUGGGUGGGACAGGCCACCUGGCUCUCACCUCCAUGUCUCCACAUCCCUGUGAUCUGAGUCAGGGCCAUGUCCUCUGCUCCCCAGGGACUGAGAUGAGGCCGGACCCCUCCCCUGCUAGAGCUGUUUUCCAGGACAGUCCCUGGUCGGCUUUGACACCUCUGUCUGGCUCCCCCAGGCAUGCUGAGAGUCUGGGUCGGGAUUAGGGGGAGGAGGGGCAGGGCUGGAGAGUAAACAUCAGGGUGGGCAUCUGCGGGGCUCGAGGGCGGGCAGUCUUCAAUCAUGGCCGGGUGAAGGGCAGGCGUGCAGGUUGUGGCAUCUCCUGAGUACCCGUCUCCUCACACACCUGCUACCCCAGCUGCCUAGAUUCAGGGAAAGUGGGGCAGCUUAUGGGGGAGGGGCUCCCUUCCAGUGGGCAAUGCCAUUCUUCCUUCUGCUGACCCAGGAAGUUCUGGGAAUCAUAGGCGAAGAGCACCUGUCCCCCUUUAAUCCCUGGGGCCAGCGUGGGGGAUGCCCCAGGGCUAACCUAGCUGCCCUCUUUCCUCUCCCCCAAAGCACGCAAGGCCAGCCCGCAGGCAUAUGAAUUACCCAGAUAUAAAGGAAAAGAUGCAUUUUUUAGGAAAUGUUUUUUAAAAAAGAAAAUUACAAAAAAAAAAAUUUUAAAGACUCCCUGCCCCCUCGAGUGCCCCCACUUGCUCCUCUCCCCCCAUUGUCCUCCAUUUCUGAGGUGCACUGGGAGGCUCCUCAUCUCUUUGGGACUUGGCUUUCUUUUUCUAGCCGGGACUUGGGCCAUUCCCCAUCCACAUACCUGUGCCUUGGUCCCCUCAGCGUGCUAGCAGAUCUGAUGUGUAACCUCCUUCGAGAGGUCAGAGGGACAUAACUGCCCCUCCCAACCUCUUCCUAGAGUCUCCAUGCUUCUCCCUCUCUCGUCUCCCCCCCUUCUUGGGCUCUGAUGAAAAAUUGCUGACUGUAGCUUUGGGAAAGUUUAGCUCUGAGAACCGUAGACAAUUUCAGUUCUAGGAAAAUAAACCCGUUGAUUACUA